UUUAGUUCAUUGUGAAACGUUCAAAAUUGUCUCCUCUUCAGUUUGGACAAAAUUUCAAAAUUUUAUGUAAGUUUUUUUGGUAUUUCGUAUUUGGCGUUUUCAAAAUUUGCAAUAGAAAUUGUGCCAAUUAAAUAAGUUAAAAUGUUUCAACUCACACGUCAUUUGAAAAUACCUCUAUCAGUUGUUAGCAAAUUGGGACUCAGUUUAAUGGACAGGAAGCCAAUAAUUGCUCCAUUAGUCUGCAAUAUGCACUCCUUACUGUUGAGUCCUAGUUUCGGAACAUCAAGCUGUUCCACCAAACCACCAAAGCGGCUUAAGAGUUGUAAGAAGCAAAAGUGUGAGAAGGUGGAUAAGCCCCCGUGCAAGCCGAAAUACGAUGCCGCGAAAAAAUUUAAAUGUAAAACUCUUGAAGAUCACAAACCCCCUCCGAAAAAGAGUAAGAAGAAGAAAAUUAAGUCGAUGUGGUUGAAUCCUCCGUGUUGUAUUGUACAGUGUGUAAUGCCUGAUCGCAGCGAUGUACAUUACUAUCGACCAAUCAACUACCUAAAGCGUAAGUAUAAAAAGACUUGGAUAAGCUGCCAAAGGGUACCACCUAAACCACGGUGCCUGCCUGUCAAGUUCAUAUAUCCAACACCGAAAAGGCGAACAUUUAAGAGGAAGAAGGGUGCCAAAAAAUCAGGUUGCGAUAGAGAACUGACAAAGUUUGCAGAGACUUUAAUGCCAUGCAGAAAGCCCAAGUCAAAAGCUAAAUGCCCUAAAAUCACUUUGGAAGGUUGCAGGGGAGUUCGUGUCCCACCCAGAUGCUUCAAAACACGAGUACCUCUUGAUUGCGAAAAAGUUUAUUGCCCGUGGCCUAGCUUUUCGGAAUGUGACCAUCCUAAACUAAGAGAACUACCACCUUCAGAAUGUCUUUGUUUAUCGGGAGCUUCUUUAUGCAUUUUAUAUAGGUAUCUUAAUGCCAUGAGUAAUGCCAAGCACUAAAUGAAUUGCUACUGCUAGCGCAUAUGGCCUAAUACCUUUUGUAGAACUACAUUAGGACAUCAGAUAAUGACAUCAAUCGGACAUCGAACUGAAAAUUUUUUCAACCUUUGGGUUGAAAUCAAAAACCACACCUUUGAAAUGGUUCUAUGAGGCUAUGGAGGGAUGUUACUGGAGGUAUGAAUUUCUGCAGGCAAUACAAAUUUAGAUGGUGUGUUGACUUCAUGUGUUCAUGUGCAAAUUUACAAUUGAAAUCACCAAGUCCAACAAUUGUCCAGCAAUAGAGUUUGGAACGUUUCAAGAAGUCUAAAUGUGAAGUCAAUUUUCAAACCUCAAAGCACCCCUGCAUUCUUCAAUGGCGUGUGAAUUUUCACAUCUCGUGUAAAAGGACAGACAUGUGUCUUACAUCUAGACAUAUUAAACGCAAACAUUUAACUUAUUUAAAACAAUUUCUACACUGCAUACAAUAGAAUAAAAUUUCUUGAUUUCAGUAA